AUGGCACCUGCUGAGAGUAGCCCGGAUAUGCCUUCCUUUGAGCACGACCUGGCUUUGAAAAAGUCUUUUCCUUGUCACCAAGGCCUGACCCCCCCAGGUAGCCCAACGAAAGAGACAGCCACGUCUCAGGCUAUCGUGAAAGACCUGAAACAUCUCUUUGGCGUGUUACUUGAGAGAAUGCUCGAUAAAACCAACCAAGAACCCCCAAACACUCCUGUCUCCCAGGACCAGUGCCUACCAGGGCUUGACAAGAUUCGACAGGCACUGGACUGUGUUUCACUUGAGCUUUCAUUGGCAAAUAAGCCUGCUCAAUCUUCUGCAAGCGAUGAACGGGCGAAGGUUCCUGGGCCAGAUGGGUUUGACGUCGAGCAGCCCAUCUGUACAACACCUGAGGACUUCCAGUCAUUUGAGAAGUGGGCGUCUGCACCCCAAUUCAAGACAGUCAAGGAAACCUGGGACAAAGAAGCAUGCAAUUACAAGAUCGCCGAACCCACCGAGAGCAGCGGCUGUCUGGACGACUAUGCUGAAUAUGCAUUUGUUGUCCGUGAGCGUGUUGACCGGAAUUCCGAGGAGGUGACCCCAUACAUAGAUAUUAAAUCCGAAGGCUUGCGCGACAUCCUGCGAGGGGUACUGUACGAUAUCAAGGCCACCAGCCUGAUGGAGGACAAGCCAUCGAUUGAACAAAACAUUCUUUUCCAUUUUCUCCCAGAGCUUGGAAUAUAUGCUGAAAACAUGAACAACCUAGACUGUGAAUUAUCACGUCAGCACCUCCGCUUGCUCAUCGACCACCUCAAGCAAGCAUAUUCAGCCAUCUCGCAGCGUCUCGAGUCAAUGCUGCAGCACAGUCACAUUACUUACGAUCUUCUUUGGGCACUUUUUAAACCAGGUUCCCAUGUUUUUGCGACAUGCUUUGGUACAAAAGAGCCACGGUGUGUCAUAUUCGACGCUGGGGAAGAGAUCACACAGAACGAUGAGACCUGGUUCAACCUUGAAUGCCGAUUCAUUGAUUAUGACGGAGUCAAAUUCGGCGAGGCCGGUAUCUUUCUACGCGUGGCAAAGUUCCGAGGGUCGAAGCCGAUCGAGAGCCUUGAAGCCUUCCCUCUUCGCCACCAUCCAAGUCACGAGCAAGUCCGGAAAGACCUGGUCGGAAGAGGCCAAAAGUUUCGAGAUUUGGCCGGCUCGCACAUUCGGCACUGUAAAGGCAACGCAUUUGUUAUGAACAAGGGGAAGGUUUUCAAAGUCAACAUCAACAGUCGAGUAGCGGUGGACGCCGCGUUUUUCCAUGAAAUGCAGCCGAACUACUCCCGACCAUCACUCCGUGACAUAGGGGUAAAAGAAAAGGACGGGAUGGCAGUCAUUGAUUUAGGCGCUAUGUUCAUGAAGGAUCGUGAGCGAGAGAAGGAGAGAAUGCGAGGAGACGGCGUGGAUGGUCAAAGGCUGAACGAGGCUGAUUUAUUAGUCGCCUGCCCAACAGUUUGCUGUUUUAAUUUCAAGGAGAAAAUGUUCCUGGAAUGUGCAAUCAGUGCUCUUAGGAAAGUUGACUGGUCACCUGAAUCAUUCGAUUGCCUUCAGAUUCCACCGGAGACCAAGAAAAUGCUCUUGUCGCUGGCAAAAACGCGUCUAGGUCUCAUACCCAUCGUACCUUUUGACGACGUGAUCGACGGCAAAGGCCAAGGGCUCAAUGUGCUGCUGAAGUAUUGGUCCGCCAGGCGUCGGGAAGACUUUUACUGUCGAGGCGACGUCGGAGUAUUUCAAGCUACCUCUAUACUCGGUAUCAAGAAUCUAUUCCGUGCAAUGAUCGACCUAGCUGACCUUCCACCUUCUCAGAUAUCUGCGGGUGAGCUUGUUGUCGACCACGGGGACUCCCACGCACUUGAAUCGCAACUUGAAAUCAUCUUCAAAAUUGCAAAGCAUUUCAAUGCCAUUCUUCUUUUGGACGAGGCGGAUGCGUUCAUGGCGAGUCGAAGCGAGCUCCAUGAUAGUCACAAUCGCCUGGUCACGGUUUUCCUCCGAAAGCUUGAGUAUUACCAGGGAAUGCUUUUCUUGACCUCAAAUCGGGGCAGACGUUUCGAUGAGGCAAUUCUGAGCCGAACUCAUUUGAUAAUUGAGUACCAGGAUUUAACAAGAGACUUCCGCAGGGGUCUCUGGUCCACCUUCUUGGCCAAAGCCCGAAAAAUGCAAGGACCCGCUGUGGUUGAGGAGGACGACAUUCAGCAUUUGGAGUCUUUGGCUCUCAAUGGACGAGAGAUCAAAAAUAUUGCAGCAAUUGCACAUGCUCUUGCUGAGGCAGAUGCCGCGCAGGUCAGCUAUAAGUAUCUGGAGUCAGCAGCGGAAUCGAACAAGAAGUUCUCGAAAGAAUUUGGCAGGAAGGGCGCCGUUGACGGAAUGUAUGUCUAA